AUGGUCUUCGCUACCAUCAACCGAUCUGCCACAAAAACCGUCCCGGCCACCAUCCCUGCAAUCGAAGAAGCCUUCGCCGCCGAGCCCUCUUUGAAGAAACGAGUCUACGAUGCGAUAGAGAAUACCCCGCAAUAUGUACCGCUUUUUGAGGACAUCGCCCGAUAUACCUCCAGCCUGCUGGCCAGGCCGACCAACCCGCCUGCUCAGCCCGCAGAGGCAAGCGAAGGCCCUGCCGCGAAGAAACGAAAGCUCCAGAAUGGCACCGCUGCGGCGAAUGCCCAAUCGCCCGCUGACGUGAAGGCCGAGACGUCACUACAAUUCUAUAUGCAAGAUGUUUCGUUUGCUAUGCCGCAGCGGAAAAAGCUCACGCUCGAGAUAACCGCCGGGCGCGGUUUCCUUCGCGCGAGGAACCAGACAUCCAAGGAAGUGGAGUUUGGUGUCCCAAUGGAUAGGAUACGACAUGUCUUGUGUCUCCCUGUUCCGGAGAAAGCCCAACGACAAUUCAACUUUUGUGUCAUUCCACAAUACAGUGACGGUAUCAAUCCGCCUACGGAAGGCGAGGAAGUGUUUGAAUCGAUGGUAUGGACUAUCUCCGACGGGCCGGCUAAGGCUGCAUUUUCGGGGACCGGGCAGCAGAUUGGGAACAAAGAGGGAGAGACGGCUGAGAGCCUGGUGCGACGGAUAUUGAAUGAGAAUUUGUCGCAUAUAAAGGUGGUUCGUCCAGACGAGAGGGAGUUUGUCAGCGCUAUGCCGGAGGCGCAUCGAAAGGGAGAGAAGGCAUAUCACGUCAAGGCCUUCCGUGGCAGCAAGGAGGGCUACCUUUUCUUCCUGUCUACAGGAGUUUUCUUCGGCUUCAAGAAGCCUCUGGUAUUUUUCGCUUUCGAGAACAUUGUCUCGAUCUCAUACACAUCUGUGCUCCAGCGCACCUUCAAUCUCAACAUCGCCGUCAGAUCUCACAACGGCGCUGAGGAUGAGACACAGGAGUUCGAGCUAUCCAUGAUUGACCAGGCAGAUUAUGCCGGGAUCGAUGCAUACAUUAAGAAGCACGGUCUACAAGACGCGAGUCUCGCGGAAGCGCGACGCGCUAAGCGCUACAAUAUCAAUGGCGCGAAAGCGGAGGAAGAUACUACUAAUAAUGCGGAGGGCGCUGCUGCCGAGGAAGAAAGCGAGCUGCAGAAAGCGCAGCGGGAGCUCGAGGAUCAAGAGGAUGAGGAUGAAGAAGAUUAUGAUCCUGGUAGUGAUGGCGAGAGCGAAGGUAGUGGUUCGAGCAGCGAAGACGACGACGAGGACGACGAGGACGAUGAAGAGGACGACGACAACGAAGGAGAUGAAGAUCUUGUGGCAGCUGAGCUUGGAAGUGAGGCUGAAGACGUGCCACAGGACGAACUGUGA